ACUUUUUGCGCAAAAUAAUAAAAACCGCGUUAUAUUAUUCGCAAUGGCACUUAAUCGCUACUUGUUGCACGUUUCAUACAUUGGCACCAAUUUUCAUGGGGCCCAACGCCAGGUGGUUGGGACUUUUCCACGAAAAGACGACCCCUCGACCGUCCAAGGACAACUAGAAAUUGCUUUAAAACAACUAAAUUCGUGUAAUGAGCCCAUAAUUGCUCUCUCUAGUCGAACCGACUCAGGUGUCCACGCUUUAAAUACCACGUGCCACGUGGAUCUGUUCCGUGCCAAUGGACUUCACUACGAACCCCGAACAAUAACGCUAUGUUUAAAUAAGUAUUUCAAGAAACAUGAAGUCCCAAUAAGAAUAUUAAAAACUUUCAUAGUUCCUAAUGAUUUCCACUGCCAACACAAGGCGGUUUCACGGACUUAUCUCUACCGCCUGGGGGUUAUAAACGCGAACGCGCUAAACCUAGCCCCCCAUUUGCACCUUUUACCAAUUGAGGAGCUUCAAAGAUGCCACUUUCUUUGUACUGAUACUUUUGAUGGCGAAAAAUUCAAGCUAAAUGCGAAAUUGUUCGAAGGUUUGCACGAUUUUCGGACUUUUAUGGGUCGUGGGUCGCACGAAUUGCAUAAAAUGACGCGACGAUUGGUCCAUCGGGCUGAAGUGCUUGAUGGAAAGUCGUUGCUUUAUGGACCAUAUAGUUGGCCUUCGGUUAUGCCCGGCACUUGCCAGGAUUACAAGUUUUACGACGUUUACGUGCAAGCCACUGGUUUUCUUUAUCGUCAAGUCCGGCGUAUGGUAGCAUCGCUGAUAGCAGUAGCUCAAGGUAAAGUCUCGAGUAGUGAUAUUAAGUUGAUGCUCGAAGUGCCGUCGCAUCGCAGUUGGAACGACAAAAUAAAAACAGUGCCAGCACACGGGCUUUAUCUGUGCGAAGUGGAGUACUCUAAACGCGACAGGGCAGCAUUUAGGGACAGUUUGGACUCGUAG